AUGGAUCCAUCACAAAGUACUUCAGAGAUAGCUGCAGGCUUUGCGCGCUCGUCGCAAUGGCUGAACCCUGGAGACCCGGCCAAAUCCUGCUCUAAACGAAAAUUGACUCAGAAAAAGUUACUUGUGAGUGUUCGGUGGACUAGCGCCGGUGUCGUUCACUACAGCUUUCUAAAAUCUGGUCAAACGAUUACAGCAGAUAUCUACUGUCAUCAACUGCAAAUCACGAAGGAAGAACUAGCUGCUAAACAACCGAGAUUGGUCUAUCUCUCUAGGCCACUGCUGCUUCACGACAACGCAAGACCACAGACUGUUACAAUUGGAAUGUCUGCAACAUGCACCAUAAUAUACUCCCCGGACCUUGCUCUUACAGAUUACCACUUUUUCUGGAAUUUGGAUAACUUCUUACAAAGAAAAAAAUUCAACUCCGACGCGGCAGACCAAACCGCCUUCAAAGAGUUUAUUGUUUCUCGCCCCAAGGUUUUUUUAGUAAAGGUAUCAAUGAACUACCUAUGCGAUGGUAAAAGUGCAUAG